AUGAGGGGGAGGAAAGAAGGAAUAUUGAACUCGUCAAAGGAUUUCGCUGAACGAACUGGCUUGCUGAUGACUCGAGCAGAAGUGACAGUGAGAGAUGAGAUAAUCCUGGUGCAAAUUAUGAACAUAGCGCCGCAGCAGAUCACUAUUUACGCCUACUUGAAAACUGGCUGUUUAACCUCCUGCAGCCGAGUCGAACGCAAUGCCGAGAGCAUUAAACGUACCAGCGAAAACCGCAGACAUCAGGGCUUCCGAAGAUCGCAUCGCAACAGCUAG